AUGGCGCCGGCAGCUUCUUCUCGAAUCGCGAGUGGGCAAGCGAAGCUGCGCCCCGAGCUGCUGAUGGCGGCUCGCGGAGGCAAAUGGGAGAAACUAGCCGAGCUUCUCGACGCGCAAGACGCAUCUGCGUCGUCGUCGGUGCUGGUCCCCAUUGACGACGAUACCACGGCGCCGGCGCCUGCGACGCCGCCUCGUCCAACGGCGGCGGAGCUGGGCUCCAUCCUCCAUGUGGUUGCGUCCAGCGGGGACGGCGACGAGUUCUUGGAGAGCGCCGCCGUGAUCGACGACAAGCACGCGCAGCUCCUGUACGCGCUCGACGGCAACGGCGACACGGCCUUGCAGUGCGCUGCCAGAGCCGGGAACGUUCGAAUGGUCUCUCAUCUCAUCGAUCUGGCGACAAAGAAGGUGGUCAAUGGCGACGACGCGAGGUUGAAGGAGAUGCUGGAAAAUCGCAACGGGACAUCAAGGGAGACGACUUCCGGUUCAUCACACCUAGUGCCAGGGGAUACGGCCUUGCAUGACGCCCUUCGCUUGUCUGACAAGAAGAUCCUUAAGGAAAUUGUUGACAAGCUACUGCAAUACAGCGUUGAAUUGACGAGCAUUGAGAGCUCUGACGGCACCUCUCCGUUGUAUCUAGCCGUCCUGUUAGGGCACUAUGAUAUCGCGGAAACAUUGUAUCAAAAGAACAAGGGGCUAUCCUAUUCUGGACCAGAUGGGCAAAAUGUUUUGCAUGUUGCUGUUCUCAGGAAUUACGAUAUGACGGACAAAUUACUGAAAUGGAACAUGAAGCUCACCAAGAAACGGGACCGAACCAUGGGAAGCACGCCUCUUCACUUCGCCGCGACAUGGGGGAGGAAGUAUGCGAAGGUGGUCAAAUUACUACUGGACAAGGACGAGUCAUCGGCGUUUCAGAGCGACGACGAGGGGUCGUUCCCCAUACAUGCUGCAGCGGCGAACAUGAGCCCCUGUGUGCUUGGAAUCUUGCUCAAGAGGCACCCGAGCUGUGCCGGCCUGCAGGACGCCGGUGGCCGGACCUUCCUCCACAUCGCCGUCCAGAAGGAACGCACUCUCUUAGUCCGGUACGCAUGCUGGCGGCAGGACUGCAGGCCGGCCAUGGCGGCUGCUCUGAACAUCCAGGACGGCGCCGGCAACACCGCGCUGCAUCUUGCCGCCAAGGCCAGCAACCAGUGGUGCUUCUAUUUUCUGCUCCAGAACCCACAUGUCCAGCUGAAUUUGGUGAACGGCAAGGGCCAGACUCCGCUUGAUAUUGCAUGGAAGCGCAGGCCGCAGGGGAUCAUCUAUGGGCUGGAUCCACGAGUUAGGAUACAUCUACUGCUUGAAGGUGCUGGAGCUAAGACUGGUCCAUACAAGCGGGACUGGUUCGUGGACAGGUACGUCCGCAAGAAAGUAGACGAGAGCAAGCUGGACAAGAUGAUCACGGAUUCCACACAGAUCAUCGGCGUCGGAUCGGUGCUGAUCGUCACGGUGACGAUGGCGGCGGCCAUCACCAUGCCCGGCGGCUUCCGAUCCGACGAGAAAGGCCGGCUCAAGGGCACCGCGAUGCUCUCCGACGACCCGGUCUUCCAGCUGUUCAUCGUCGCCAACACGGUGGCCCUGGUCUGCUCGGGGCUGGCCACCAUGAACGUCAUGUUCGCCGGGGUGGCCACCGUCGACAUCCGCACGCGCAUGAGCAGCUUCCUGCUGUCCAUCCUCUUCGUCUACUGCUCGUCCAAGGCCCUGGUCGCCUCCUUCCUGUUCGGGCUCUACGCCGUGCUGCCGCCGGCCGCCGUGAAAGUGGCGUACGCCUCCAGCGCCAUCGCCGCGCCGUUCCUGGUGCUCGACGUCCUCUGGUUCGUCUUCUCGGUGGCCUUCGGGGAGGUGAUGCUCAUCAGGAGGCUCGGCUGCGUCGCGUGGCUUGGGACUCUCACCUGCGCCCGGUUUCCCAACUUUAUACUUGAAAUCAAAGCCGUGUUAGAGAUGCCCCUCCCACGUAAGAUCAAUGCUGUCACCUCUCAAAAACAGGGCUCGGCUUCAGAUAAAGAAGAAGAAAAAAAGAGGUUGACGGCCGGUCGACCAGGAAACUGA